GUCAGCUGUGGAUUACCUCUUUCUUGGCGACCUAUCCUCCGUUCAAUAGCUAUCUAUACUCAAUGCUGUUUCUAGUUGGCAACCAGUCGUUUGUGAUGCUUAACAGCUUACGCACGAAAAAUCCAGCCCAUGCGGUUACAGCUCAUAACCGCCUCAAUGACAGCUGUGUAAUGUUUUAGAAACGGGACUCCGCCUCGUCGAAUUAGAGCAUUUUCAUUCGUAAAAAUAAAAUACAAAUUUUAGUUAAGAGUCAUUGCGUUGCGUGCCUGUCAGAACUUAUCUACCUGGUAACAUAUGUUGGCAGAUAUAGACUAAAUGCGUUCUGAAAAUAGUAAAUCAAAUAAAUACCUUUGAAACCGGUGAUAAAUAUACGUGUUGCGCUGAUAAAGAAGAAGGUGCGAAUAACUUGCUCAUCAUUUUAGCGAUUCGAGCUUUCAUAAUUUGCAAACCAAGCGUGCGGAGAUGGAGAUCGGUGCGGUGCCAAAUGAGCUGGUCGCUCGACUUCGGGCCAAUAUCGCGUUUUGUGGAUUGGAUCUAGAGAAACCUGAACAUUUGACUAUUUGGCAGGCGUUUACCGAGGCCCGGGCCCCUGAACGGGAGCCACUACAAUUCACAAAUGUAUCACUCGACCAUGUAUUCCCUCAAGCUAAAACGAAGCGCACGUCAUUCGAAGGAUACGUUGAGCGGGGUAUUUUGAAAGCAAACUGGCUCAUAAAACACACCCGUCUAAUUCCGGCUGUUGGUGUGUUUUUCUUUGAUCUCGACUGGGAUGAGCCAGACUUUGCAGAGCGAAAGGAUCUUGCUGCCCAGAACCUUCUGAAUUUCAAACGGAACCUUUCAGGAAGGGAUAGCCGAUUAUGUUUAGUAUUAGUGCAAAGGCGUGCAAGUUCUCCGGUAAGCGACAACAAGUUGGCAGCUGAGCGGGCCCACGAAUUAACGCAGGCGUGUGAGAUUCCGCUCAAAGCCUUGUUCGUUCUACAGUAUACAGAACACUUGCUUGGCUUCAUUAUGAGACUAGAGACAGCGAUUAUGGAACAAGCAAAAGGCUAUUAUUCCGCCGAAUAUCGUCGUAUGGCUGGACAAAAUCAACUUGUAACCAAGGGUACCUAUCAGCUUCUUUGUAUUCGACAUCACUUUAAGAUGGCAACUUUUCAAGAACUCAAACAAGAUGCCUCGGUAGCAAUAAAACACUAUAAGCAGGCGUAUAUAUUGCUUGCUGAAUUACGUGCCACGGAUCCGAAUUUACUGGAAGUCAAGACGAUUGCCGGAAUUAUAAAUUACAAGAUAUGUCAACUGUACUACGAGCAGAAUGCUCCAUUGGAGGCGAUCCAUCAAUUGCGAAGGCAUAUGGAGAACUUCAAGACAACCGUUGGACCCCCCGGACUAGCAUUCGAACAUUAUGCUUGGUUAACUAAACAGAGUCAGUUAUUCGGCGAUUUGUUCGAGUCGGCAAUCCGUCGAGGUCUUACUCCUAUCCAAACCCAGCAUCCCGGCUUCUAUUAUUCAUCUGCCGCACAGUACGCCGUACAGCGAAAAAAAGCUGCGAGGCAGCUUUGUCAGGCUGUCACGACAUAUCCAUCGCCGGAUCCCUUGUCGGGUGCCGAUCAGGUUCCUUACUACGGUCAGAGGCCGUGGCGGGCAGCGGCUGCGAAGGGCGAAGCCCCGGAUCCGGCCCUUGAAGAGCUCGCUAUCCGAGCUCUGCAGUAUAAGGAAAGGCAGACCAAUCAUUCGAGUAUUAUUAUUCCGCUUCUGAGUGGCGCCGUGUCUCAGUUCAAAAAGUACAAAGGGCCCCGAAUCAAGCGACAUCAAAUGGUGUUGCUGGCAGAGGAAUAUGCGAGCAAUUCAGAGCCGGACAAGGCGUUAUCAAUAUUAAUGCAUGUUCUAAUCGACUUCAGACAAGAACGUUGGCCGCCGCUCCUGACACGCAUUCUCGGUACAGCCUUAAGGGUGGCGUAUCUUGCUGCGAAUCCUAUCCAUUUCCUGACACUGGCUCUCGAGUACAUGGCGACUUGGACGGAUUGUACUGCGGAACAGCGAGACGGCUUGUUGAAAAGCGUUGCACGCCUAUUAGAUGGCCAACCACCGGGUCGGCCAUUCACUGACCUUGAAGACACUUCUGGCCUUUGGACCGAAAAACUUCAAGCGUUUAAAACCAAUGGACCCGUUCAACUGGACAUGGACAAAGUUCGAUCGUGCAUUUAUUGCAAGGCGUAUUUUAGCUCACCGUCGUAUUCUUCGAACGAGACAAUUGAGCUACAUAUUUACGUUCGGUCCCAGUUGCCAUUUGACGUUAAUUUCAUCACUCGCUUCAACGUUCAUUUCAACCACAACGUGUACGAUGGACAAUGCUCAAUAUCAGAUAACCGCGUUCUGGGCCUUGUGGCCGGCAGGACGCACAGAUUUAGUUUCACAUUUCCCGCAGGCCAGCAACACGUCGGUACCCAAAUUAAGGUUGUCGGUGUAUCGAUGCUACUGGGUCAACCCGAAUGGGAAGGUCAGUCGUAUAAGCCUCUCGUACAACUAAACUGGACGGCCGCAUCAUUAGGCACGCACUUCUUUCGCUUAGCCUGGGACCCAAUUCCAAGUCGGGCUAUCAAACAGCACCGUGAACAGGAUUUCAAAGAGUUACCGUAUCGUCUCGUAGCCAGUAUUGUGCAUCGCGAAGCUCGAAUGGCUGUUUCGUGGUCACUAGAAACUCCCGCCCUUGUGGGAGAACUUCUUCCUGUACGGAUUCAGCUAACGAACAAUGAGGCCGGUGAUAUCGGAAAUGUCAAACUUACACUUUUUACGGCUGUUCCCAAUAGUAAGUCAACUAUUGUGGCCCUUGACCCUUCGCUGGCAGCUGAUGCUGGUCCGUCAGUAACAAUGGACAUACCGCCAGUGCGAUCUGGGGCUUCUCAAAACAUCGAGGUGUUUAUCAAAGCUGCUGAGCCUGGCACUAGGGAGCUCGAGUUAACAGCCUUCUAUGAAACAUCGCUUGUGCUGUCGGAAGGCAAAAAUGUCUUAUGCAGGUGUCAUAAGCAGGAUCGGCAUAAGCUUGAAGCUGCAGUAGCGUUUUCAUUGGAAGGCCAUCUACUUAAUAAAAAAUUGGCUCCCGUGUCGAAACUUCAUGAAGGGGAGCCUUUCGUUUUGGCCGUCGACGUAUCCUGUAUAGCAGACGGUGGAACGACUUUGCUGUUAGGGGAAGGCCAAUUACAGCCUGCGGCCCAUGUGUCAAUAGCGAACAGCGGCGAUGCGAUGCCUUCUAUCCCGAGGUCUCAAAUGGAAGGGGUCCAGCUCCGUGCUGGAGAAUCAGCCCGUUCAUGUUAUACUCUGGAGGUAACCCCGCCUGCCUCAGGAGAUCCACCGGCUCCGCUUGGUCACUACCGUUUCUAUUGGCGCAGGAGUUCUUACGCUCAUUGGAAUUCCGCUCAGCUGACUCUUCCGGCCCCGGUCAUUCUCUCAUGCCCCUUAUCGCUCUCUUUAGAAGCUCCAGCCCACGCCCGAGUCUCAACUCCACUAUACAUAUCCUACCACCUACGUAACCGUAGUGAACGAGUUCAGGAGCUUAGUCUUCAGGUGAACUCAUCUGAAGGCUUCAUGUUCGCUGGUAGCAAGCAGCUAUCGCUUCGAAUUGCCCCGGGGGCUGUAAAGCGGUUACAGUACACGCUAUACCCGUUAGUCGCUGGUUACGUGGCGCUUCCGAAGUUACAAUUACUGCUCGAUCCUUCGGUUGCCCCCGUGGAGAUGGACUCGGCUGCACGGGACAUGCUUCCUUCCUUUAUCUUUGUUAUGCCACAUAGUAGAGGGACCCGAAGCCCAAGCUAGGAGUGCUUCGUACACUAGGAUCGCCCAAAUGCACCACAACUGUCAUUAUGCCUUAUGCCCCAUCUUCGAUUAUUGAUACUCGGCAGUCAGUUGUGUUUAACAAAGGCUCAAAGUAUAGGAAGCCACCAUGCUAUUAUAGAGAUGAACGAUUAAGCUAUCCUAGCGCCGCAGCCUGAUUGGGCGGCGCUAGGACAGCUUCGAAUCGAUGUGAUCUAGGAACCCUGACAAUAGGUAGAAUCCAACAUGUCUUAUGCUAUCUUAUAUAUAUAUAUGUCAACUGAUAUGAAGUAACUGCUGUAAUGGGAGUAAUCGCUAAUUAAUUACACGUCCGCUAUGGUGUACAUGGUUAGAUUUUUAUAACAUUGUUUUUCAAAAAAGACAAAGAUUUAUAAUGUAAUGUUUGUUUGUUUUUAUGGAAAGUAGUAGUAGAUUAAAAAAGCCACAUUGCACUUAAUAAGGAAGUAUUUUAAUUUGAUACGGUUAUGCCUUUCGUUGGCUAGUUGCAACAUAGGAUACAAAUGUCUGCUGUCCUAAACGAAUCAGUAUAUUCUAAUUUUUAAGUUUGGAAACUUAUUUUAUCGUUUACCAAAAUAGGAGUCGCAUACGAGUAAUAUAUACGUGUAUACAUGCAAGGAAAGUCAACUAUCCACUAUUUUCUGAUUGAAUAUCAGACACAGUAUUGCAGAAGUUCGCGUUAAUUAUUUGAUAAGAUCUACCUUAUUGCCUGAAUAUUACCUAAAUUAAUAGUUACCUAAAUAUAUAUUAUUAUAUUACCUAAAUCAAAAGUUUUGGUAUCAUCAUCAUCAAGAACUAUGAUUUACUGUAAUUAAAUACUUACCUGGCCAGUGAAGUAACUGUUUAUGUAUAAUAUAAAGGUCUGCAUGCAGAUAUGCGCUACAAAGUUGAUGCGCAAGUUCUAUACAGGCUUCGGCUCAGCCGGAGAAGUUGAGUGGAAAUGUAUUGAUCCUACGGGAACCAUAAUAUACGGCAAUCUAAAUAAAUAUAAACUAACUGAAAACAAAUUUUGCAUUUGCAAAUGCAGUCAUUUCGAUCAAUGUUAACUUCUGUUUAUUGACACAUUUAUAUUUGUGUGAGCUUACGGCGCCCAAAUAUGAGAAAGAUAAAUUUUUUGAAGCUAUUAUGUCGACAUUCAUAAAGCCUGCCUCCUUAGAGCAAAUGGCCUAAGUUUGAGACAAGCGCAGUUCUAUCAAACAGCUAAAAGAUAAGUUUAAAACUGAUUUUUAAACUUCAGUUUCUGGCAAGAAGUCUUCCAGAAAGACGCAUGCGCGCAAAAUGAAUUGCAACUGUAGACAAAAAAAAUUCCUAAGCUUGUUCAGUAAGAGAGGGAUGGACCGAUUUAGAAAACCUAAAUCAUAUUGACAUAUGUUCUUAUAUAUCGAAUUCAUUCAACAUAUACAUUUCUGUGUAACGAUUCACAACUGUCUUCGAGGAAUUCUAGCUUGCUAUAUACAUCAACAUAAACAAGACACUUGAGCAUAAAGGUUAGGUGCAUCUCUACGCACACGCUUUGGUUAAACCUCAUGAAGUUCUGUCGAAGUGUUUGAGUAUUACUUAUGUAAUACUGUAGUGUGCGUUAUAAAAUUGCCUACGACGGCCUUGCAAUAAAACUAUGUGUCGUGUUGAGACUCCUGCAGGCUCGUCAGGGUAGUCUUCUAUUCAAGAGAAGAUACCUAUGUUUUUUGAGAACUACCAUUAUUCUAAAUCACGUAGCGCAAACUAGAAGAGCUGUAUUGUUAUGAUCAAUAUUGAUAAUACGGUUAAUAAUGAAAUUGCAAUAAAUUUAAUCAUGUAUUAAUAUUAAUUGUAUAUUGUUUACUUUCCUUUAAAAGCCGCUGGGUUAUUUGUUGCGCUACGUUUAGUUUGGACGGGCUGUACAUACAAUGACAUAUGUACAUAUCGGCAGAAGAAAGCACGCCAUUAGGAGCUUCUAUAGCCAUUGAAAUUUAAUUCUGCUGACAUUUCCAGUAAUCACCUUUCGAGAUUUUUUCCACGAUGCCUGUCUUGGUGCCUUUUUACAUCACCUACCCUCUGCACAACUAAAGUGAACACAUUGAGGCCUUCAGAAUCGAAGUUCCGACUUAUUUACGCCCCGAGCAACCCCCCAAAAGGCAUGCGAAGUUAAUGUCCGCCUUGUGUAAUCCGUUAGGUAAGUUCGUAGAGCAUAAUAUUAUUGCGCCUGAUCUAUAUGCAAAGAGAUUACUCAAUAUCAGUAACUCUUUUUUGAUAUGUCUUAAAAAUCGUAAUCAGAAAGGUGUAAAAACAAAUUACCAUUCCGCUCGCGAUAAUUCUACUAAUGGUCUCAGUUUUUUUUACCAAUGUUAUUAUUUUUAUUACCCAAUCAAGUUUAUCAAGCGAAAGGGCCAUUUCAUUGAAUUUCAAAAAUGUUUUCUGGCUUCUGAAGCAAGAAAUAAAAAAAUAUCAAUUUUUAAAAAGAAGUGUAAUACUUGUGUGAGUUACAAUUAAAAGAUCUGUCGAAUCAAACAUCCGUUUUUCCAUCUGCUGGCAUCUAUGUCGAAAUCUCGAAUGGCAACCACUAGAGGAAAUCUGGCACUUCCAGAAAUUGGACUGAAGUUUUCAGGCGAUUUACAUUCAUUAUUGUUGGGAAUUAGAUCUUACCGUUUUUUCAAGAUGAAUUUUAAAAGACUAUCGCAUAAACGCUUUCAUCUUACACUAUGUGGUACAGCUUUACCUUUCUAAUCUUCAUGCAUGAACGGUGCGUGCACUGACAACUAUGCCCUAAAAUAUUCACGUCUUUUCUACUCUUACUCUUAAACCGGCUGUUAAUCGUCCGUGUAAAUACCUAAUUUAUUUGUUUGUCAGAUACAAUUGUUAAAGCUACGACUAAUGUAUUCUCCUAUUUCCGGCGGUCCCCAGGAACAGAUCGGUGUCGGUAUUCGCGAUUAGGUCUCAUCCUUUGCACUUCACAACCAGCCUUAAUAUCAACGAAAAAGCAUAUGUCAUCGCAAAGUCACACGUCACUGAUAACAAUCUCUAGAUAUUUCUUAACCAAAAUUUAUACGCCAGCCGCCUUAGACUUUACCAAACCGCAUGAAAAAUAGAUGAAGAAGUCCGGUCGCUCGCUAAAUUCUUCUAGAUUUUUUUGUCAUUACUUAUAGCAUAACGUGUUCACCUAUUAAUCUUAGAGAUACGCUGUGGUCUAGGUUUGAGUCUGGGCAUACGUACACUUCAUCGGGCCAGAAUGCCUGAUGGCAAUACUGACGUAAAAGCUCGAAACA